AUGGCUUCACGACCUCACAACAUCGGCAUCAAAGCCAUUGAAAUCUACUUCCCAAAUCAGUGUGUCGAUCAAGCUGAUUUGGAGAAGUUCGACGGCGUGUCGGCUGGCAAAUACACGAUUGGUCUCGGACAGACUAGAAUGUCCUUCUGCGACGACAGGGAAGUAGACAUCUAUUCCAUUGCCCUUACCACUUUGACGAGCCUGAUCUCAAAGUACUCGAUUGACCUCAAAAAUGUUGGGAGGCUCGAAGUCGGCACAGAGACCAUGUUGGACAAGAGCAAAAGUGUGAAGUCAGUAUUGAUGCAGCUGUUCCAAGAGUCGGGCAACUUCAAUGUUGAGGGCGUCGACUCUUACAACGCUUGCUAUGGCGGUACAAAUGCAGUCUUCAACUCUCUGAACUGGAUCGAAUCAUCUGCAUGGGAUGGAAGGGAUGCUAUCGUGGUUGCCGGUGACAUUGCCCUUUACAAGAAAGGAAAUGCUCGUCCCACUGGUGGCGCUGGUUGCGUGGCCAUGUUGAUCGGUCCUGAUGCACCCAUUGCUUUCGAGGCUGGUCUCCGAGGUUCCUACAUCACCCACGCCUACGAUUUCUAUAAGCCUGAUCUCACCAGCGAAUAUCCUUAUGUUGAUGGCCAAUUUUCCCUGCGAUGCUAUACCGAGGCCGUUGACGCAUGCUACAGAGCAUACAAUGCCCGGGAGAGAGCAAUCAAGUCACAGGUCAAUGGUGUCAAUGGACAUGCGCACAUGAAUGGAAAUGGCGUGCACAAGGAAGAGGACGACAAGGCCCCUAUGGACCGGUUCGAUUACAUGGCCUUCCACGCUCCCACCUGCAAGCUUGUCUCCAAAUCGUACGCUCGUCUGCUCUACAAUGAUUUCCUCGAAGAUCCAAGUCAUCCCCAAUUCAAGGAGGUUGCGCCCGAGUUGCGAGAUCUGGACUACCAGGCAUCUCUGACAGACAAAACUGUUGAGAAGACGUUCAUGGCUUUGACGAAGAAGCGCUUUGCCGAACGAGUGCAGCCUGCCAUCCAAGUGGCCACCAUGUGUGGCAACAUGUACUGCGGCAGCGUCUACGGCGGGCUUGUGGGGUUGAUCAGCAACAUUGCCCCGAAGACGUUCUAUGGCAAGAGAGUUGGGGUCUUCAGCUACGGCAGUGGUCUCGCUAGCUCGAUGUUUAGCCUCAAGGUUGUUGGAGACACCACAGAAAUGGCCGAGAAGCUCAAUCUUCAGAAACGAUUAGACGCCCGACGGGUUGUCGCACCUGAAGUGUAUGACGAGAUGUGCAUGCUCCGAGAGAAGGCCCAUCUCAAGAAGGAUUUCAAGCCGCUUGGUAAUGUCGAGCAUCUUGUGCCGGGUACAUACUACUUGACCGAGGUCGACGACAUGUUCCGACGGAAAUAUGAAGUCAAGGCAUAA